AUGUUAGAUCAGGGUAUUAUAAGACCUUCCGAAUCUGCAUGGAGCUCAACCAUCUGGGUUGUGCCAAAGAAAGUAGAUGCUUCUGGCAAACAGAAGUGGCGUCUUGUAGUUGACUUUCGCAAAUUAAACGAAAAGACACUUGACGAUAAAUACCCUAUCCCGAACAUUAGUGAUGUUCUUGACAAAUUAGGGAAGUGCCAAUAUUUUACCACCUUAGACUUAGCAAGCGGAUUUUAUCAGAUCGAAAUGGACCCUCAGGACAUAGCGAAAACCGCUUUUAAUGUAGAGCAUGGCCAUUUCGAAUUCCUUCGCAUGCUAAUGGGCCUGAAGAACAGUCCAUCUACGUUCCAAAGAGUUAUGGACAAUGUCUUAAGGGGGCUACAAAAUCAUAUAUGCCUUGUAUACCUAGAUGACAUAAUUGUGUUCAGCACUUCGCUCCAAGAACAUAUGGUUAACAUAGACAAAUUAUUUAGUAGACUUCGUGAGUCCAACUUUAAAAUUCAAAUGGACAAAUCGGAGUUUCUCAAACAUGAAACGGCUUAUCUUGGUCAUAUUAUCACCAGGGAAGGUAUUAAACCAAACCCUGAUAAAAUUUCGGCUGUACAAAAAUACCCUAUUCCAAAGAAUCCAAAAGAAAUUAAACAAUUUUUAGGCCUUCUCGGUUAUUACAGAAAGUUCAUUCCGGAUUUCGCCCGUAUUACUAAACCAUUAACUCAGUGUCUUAAGAAAGGCAAAAAGGUAACAAUAGACAAUAAUUACGUUAACGCUUUCGAAAAAUGUAAGUCUCUUUUGACAAACGAUCCCAUCUUGCAAUAUCCAGACUUUACUAAAGAGUUUAACCUAACGACAGAUGCUUCUAACUUUGCCAUUGGUGCCGUACUGUCACAAGGUCCAAUAGGAUCCGACAAACCAGUCUGUUACGCUUCUCGUACGUUAAACGAAAGCGAAGUUAAAUACAGUACAAUCGAAAAAGAACUUCUCGCAAUAGUCUGGGCUACGAAAUACUUUAGAUUUGUUUGGACGUAA